GACUGUCGAUCUCGCGGAAGGCAAGCCAAGGCCAUGGCGGUUCUUCACGUUUCUCCUCUCUCUUCCAAAAUCACUCCAAAGCUGUCUCCUUGUCUCAGACCUCAUCGCUCUAAUUCCAAACCGAUUUUGUGUUUAUGCUCUUCCGACUAUCGUGCGCACCAGCAACAUUUACCUAGAUUGGAGAAGAUCGUAGCUCCAGUACAUCACUUCUCAUCUCUUGGUGAAUCAAUCGCUAGGGCAAGCUUGCUUGCUGUUCUAUCUGCUUCUCUGUUCCUGGCUGAUCCGGCGCUUGCAUUCAAGGGAGGAGGUCCUUAUGGGGCUGAAGUUACGAGGGGUCAGGAUCUUACUGGAAAGGAUUUUAGCGGAAAGACUUUGAUCAAGCAGGACUUUAAAACGUCGAUAUUAAGACAAGCCAAUUUUAAAGGUGCAAACUUAUUGGGUGCUAGCUUCUUUGAUGCCGAUUUAACAGGGGCUGAUCUUUCUGAUGCUGAUCUUAGAGGUGCAGAUUUUUCCUUGGCAAAUGUGACUAAGGCCAAUUUGAGUAAUGCAAACAUGGAAGGUGCACUUGCUACAGGGAAUACAUCCUUCAGGGGUUCCAUAAUAACUGGAGCAGACUUCACAGAUGUUCCUUUGAGAGAUGACCAAAGAGAGUACCUUUGCAAAGUUGCUGAUGGGGUGAAUCCAACAACAGGAAAUGCAACAAAAGACACGUUGCUUUGCAGGUAGUGUCUCAAGAAAUCAACUUGUUGUAUCAAAAGAAAAAGAUGAUCGCAUCCAUUAUCAGUUUAAUGUUUUUUUUGCCCAUGUUGGUUGAGGAAUUUUAUUGCUUGUUACUACCAUACUAUAUAUGUAAAUAAGUUGCUAUUAUAAUUUCCAUCUCCAUUUUUUUAGAAAAAAAGAGAAUCUAUUUGAUGGCCCAUCUAUCAGUUACCUCAACCACUCAUUUGGUGGCCAAACUUAUGGGAAAGAUUGUCCCUUCACCAAUUGAAACUUGUAACAUUGAAGAGUGAAAAUUUGACGAAGAAUUAACAGUCU